AUGCUUUCUUACCUCGCUCUCGCCCUCGUGGCGCUCUUGCCAUCCGCACUCGCUUGCAAUGGCUACACAGGGGGCCUCCCAAAAGCCACGUCCACCAAAAGCAACAGCAAAGUCAUCGAAAUCAAAUCUGGUCAAACCUUUGACGGAGGAUGGGCCAAGUACGAUCGCGGAGCCAAUGCUUGUACCGGCCAAACCGAAGGAGGUUGAUAUCCCCUUUCAUCUUUCUCAACGUCCCCCACUUCCAAAAGCAUCCUCUAAUGUAUCUUACCCACAGGGGAUGCCGACGCCGUCUUCCUCCUGCAAAGCGGCGCUACCUUGAGAAAUGUCAUCAUUGGCAAGGGUCAAGCUGAAGGAGUCCACUGUAACGGCCCUUGUAACCUCGAAUUCGUCUGGUUUGAAGACGUCUGCGAGGACGCCAUCACCAUUAGAGGCGACAAGUCUGGACAAAUGACCAACAUCGUUGGUGGGGGCGCGUAUAAAGCUGGCGAUAAAGUGGUGCAGCAUAAUGGCUGUGGAACGGUGAAUAUCAUUAACUUCUAUGUCAAUGAUUAUGGCAAGCUUUAUCGAUCUUGUGGGAAUGUAAGUCUCACGCCGUUCUAGUGAUGUUUAGGAGGGGAAAAGUAUAAGGGCUAACUUUGUCGAUAGUGCUCUUCCCAAUGUAAGAGGAAUGUUUACAUCGAGGGUGUUACUGCUGUUAAUGGUGGGGAGCUGGCUGGUAUCAACUCCAAUUAUGGGGAUACUGCUACGCUCAGGAAUGUCUGUUACGAUACUUCUCAUCCCUGUCAGAUGUAUACAGGUUGUGCUGGUGGUUGUGAGCCAAAGAAGGCUGGAUACUGCAGUGGAUAA